GAAGAAAUGUCGCUGCUCUUGGUGUUGCUAGUUCCCUGCUGUGGACUUCAGCCCCCGCUGCUUCUUGUAGGACAGGGGUUUUCAACCUUUUUUCAGCUGCGGACCCCUAACAAAUUUCGGAUGGAGGUGCUGGGCCGUGUGUGGAGGUGACAGUGCCACAGGACCCGGUGAUGCAGGAACGAGGCUCCAGUGUGGAACUUCCCUGCCACUAUAAAACCUCGGUUGACAAAAAUUUCAUGCUGGAGUGGAAGUUUGCGCCAGCCUCUGUAGCGCCUGAGCAGGGCAAGCAGAUCCUCUACUUCACUAAUGACAAGCUGUACAAGCCCGGCUCUCAGGCCGAACGGCUCAGCCUCCUGCACGACCCUCCCACCAUGGGGGAUGCGACUCUUCAGCUAGCCAACGUCCGCGCCUCGGACAACGGCACGUACAUCUGUGUGGUGAACAACCCCCCGGACUUCUACGGCAGCGGCUCAGGGCUCGUCCACUUCACUGUGCUGAUGCCUCCAUCUACCCCUGUUUGUAAAGUGACAGAAUAUGCCCGGAUUGGGGGCGAUGCCACACUGACCUGCAGCUCUGUGGAGGGGGUGCCCACCCCGAUUUACGCCUGGUCACGGGUGGACUCCAAGACCUCGUUGCCAUUGGCCAAUAUGGUGCAAGAUGACCAAACAGGGAAGCUGCAGCUGACAAACCUCUCGCUGGCUUUCUCAGGGACCUACCAGUGCAUGGCCUCCAACCAGUUCGGCCACGCCAGCUGCCAAGUGACAGUUAACGUGUCAGGCACUGCAGAAGCUGGAGCGACUGCAGGAGCUGUGAUAGGAGUGCUGCUGGUGCUCUUGCUGCUCGGGGCAGCUGCCACCUAUCUGUUCUGGUACAGAAAGAAGGACAAGAAGGAGUCUCAAUCCACGUACACCGGGAACGAUAUCAGGGAGGAUGCCACUGCCCCGGGGAUCUCAGACACCUCCUUGCAGAGACAAGACAGCGACCCUGGGAGCCGUUUCCUGGAGCAGCCGGUGUCAAGGCCAGAGUCCGCCAGCACCACCAAGUCCAGACUCAACAUGGUUGUGUGAGCGGGGGGGCGGCUCUGGCUCCUGUUCAGCUCAGAAACCUCAGCUGGAUUUUGAUAUGUGACCCCCCCCCCCUUUUUUUUUUUUUUUUAAAUAAUGAAGGUUUUUACUGUCUCCUAUUUACGGCCUGGGGGGACCAUGCAGGGACCCAUCGAACAGCCUAGUAAACAUUUCCUCUGUUAUACACUUCACCUGGGUUGGGAUGCAUCAGUCAGUAUUUCUUCAUAACCACUGAGUCUGCAAAUCAAUGUACCCUGAUUGGCUAACAAUCUCUCUAGGUCAGCCAAUCAGAGGACAGAGGUUUUGUAUGUCUAUUUCACAGUAACCCUGUUGUGUCUCCCUUGGCCUCUGCUCUGACUGGCGCCAGGACUUGGUGCUUCCAUGGUCUCCAUGGUGUAGCUGGGGCAGAGAGGCCAGCAGGACCGGAGUGAGGGGACGAUAGCAGCCAACUGAGCUGCAGGGGGAGAGCAUCAGAGACACGUUAGCUGAGCAAAGGACUACUCUGCACUCGGGGUUCAUAGCAACAUUCCUUUAUUGACAUUCCAACUUCGCUGGAGAAAUCACAUGCAAAACCAAAAAGAGCUAUAGAAAAACCCCUCGGCAUCAGCACACGCUCCUUACAGCGGUGUCGAGGAAGGUGAGGUGUGCAUAGGGGCAGGGAUGAGGCAAGCUGGAGGGGUGCACGGCCAGAACAUGGCAAAUGGGCAUGGAGGGCUAUUUUCAAAUGAUGCUGCUUUGCAAUCUCUCUCUUUUGUGGUCCUUUACCAGAAAGCUAUUUUGUAUGCAGCUUGCAGUCAAGUUUCCAGGGGAUUCUGUAGUAAACAAGAUCAGAUUGGUGGUGCUAAGAGGGCUGAUGAC